GGUUGAGCGACGUCGCCGUCGGCGCCGUCGCCUCGCGGAGCGGCGCGCUGCGGCGCGCGCUGGGCGGCCUGAUGCAGCUGAUGGGGAUCGUGGAGUGCGUGCUGUUGUCGGGAAAGCUCAUGGCGAUGCGGCCGCAUCCGACGUGAGCUUGGACGACGACUCCUGGGCCGACGGCGUGUCGCGGCCCGCUCCGCUGGCGGCUGCCGCCGGUGGUUCGGGCGCUGACUGCCCCGGCCCUUCCGCUGCCGCUGGGCCCGCGAUGCUCUCGGACGCGGUGGUUGGGCCUUCGCGGCCCUUGGUGGAGGAUCUCAGCACGCUCUCGCGCGAGCAGCUCGUCGCGGCGACGCUCGCGCACUUCGAGGCGACUGGCCUGUCCACCGAUGGCUUCUCUUCGGCGGUCUUCGAGCAGUUGUCGGACGAGCUCCUGCGCACGCAGCUCGCCAUGCUCAGGGCCGAGCUUUGAGAGGCUGGCCUGCCUGGGCCCCGCUGUCACCUUGUGGUUGGGCCGCUGCUUGCAUGCCCCAGGUGCGCAGUGGGUGUUCCCAGGUAGGCCCUUCCCCUUCGGUCGGCGGCACGUGUGAGCCUCUCACGGAAGCUCGGUUGCCGUCUGGCCGUCGGGGCCCCAUAUCUAGCCUGCCGUCGUUUGUGCAAGCAGACGACGUUCCAGUCGGCGCCCACCACCUCCUCUUUCUCCUC